GCAAGAUCGACCACAUCAUCCGGGUGUGCCAUUGCGCGCCCUACAUGUACACCCAGGUCGGCGUCGUGCCCCCGUGUGACACCAGUCAGCUGGCUUGUCUACAGGACGUCCACGCGACGCGGCUGCUCCUGCCGCCGCUGGGCUUCCCGGACGACGGGCUCACCCGGCGGGGCAUCAACUGCUCGCACUGCAUCGCGGCGUGCGACUUCGUCUCCUUCGACUCGCACAUCACGACGGUGCAGGGCGCGCCGGGCGUGUCGCGCGCCGGCUCCCUGGACAUCUUCAUGGACGCGCGCCGGCCCGCCACCAAGCACCUCGUGACGCGCGACUACAGCCUGCACCGCCGGCUCACGAUCAUAGGAGGCAUCGGCGGGCUGUGCCUGGGCAUGUCUAGCGUGAGCGUGGUGGAGCUGGUGCACUGCCUGGCCAAGGCGCUGGCGGUGCUGGCCGCGCACGCCUGGCGGCUGUGUCGUCGUCGGCGCGAGCGGCGCCACGUCGUCGCCAGCCUUCUCGUGCUGCCCCGCCCGCCCUCCGGCGCGCCCGCCUGA